AGUAAGUAUUACCUUAUUUUCUUAACUCUUAAGAUGGUACUAUUUAUAUGAUGGAUGGUUAUUUUAUGUGUUACUAAGAAAAAAAGUUGUUACCAUUUACAAUGGCAAUCGUUUAUAGUGGGCUGAGGAUGUGACAAUAUUGGGGACCAAAGGUUAUUUUCUAGUCAAUGAAACAUAGACAGUCAGCCGAGGAAGGCAGACAAGUUCUUUAGACUGUAUUUCAUCAGGCCUCUCAUUUGUACAGUGAGAGUAACACCCCUACACCUUACCUUGCCACAGAAGAGAUCAUAUGAGAUAAAAUAAUCUCAUGUAGGAAAUGUAGGCUUUUCUGGGAACAUUCUAAGUUUUUCUUUGGUUUAAAUUUAGGCCCUUAGAUAUUAUUAAAAUAAUUCAGAAAAGUUCUUAUCUCAGCUUUGUUGUCAGGUUUAAAAUAUAGUUUACUUAAGUAUUUGAAAAUAUAAUUUUUUGGGGGGAGGGCACAAGGUCUCUGUAGCUCUGGCUGGCUUGCAACUGGCUGGCCUCAAAGAUCCACCUGCCUCUGCUUCCCAAGUGUUGGAAUUAAAGGCAUGUUUCACUGUGCCUGGCUUGCUAAAUGAUUUUUAGUCAGUCUGAAGUAGUUAUCUUUUCAUUAUAGCAGAACAGAUAACAUAACCACACAUUUUUAUAAAGCAGAAGUAACAACUAUAAACAUUCUGUUAGUGCUGUGAUCUUCCAUGAAUUUAUUAGGACUGCUCAUGAGAUUAGAAAGGUAAAGGAACAUAAUAGUAAGCAUUCAUAUGUAUGGUAUUGCUAACGCAGGCAAAUGGUGUCUUAAAUUUAGAUUAACUUCUCAUGUUCACAAUAUUCUAGUGAGGUGAUUGCUUCUCUCAUUUGGUAUUCCAAAGCUGUAAGUAACAUGCCAUUUUUGUCAUAUGUGUGUUUUAUCUAGAUGUAGCAAAAUGUGCUGCUUGAAACUGUUGGUGCUUUGAGCUGAAUUUUCUAAAAAAAAUUCUACCUACAGCUUUGGAGAUGCAGUUGUGGAAGUUAGACACGACACAUGUCAAGUCAUAGUCAUGGUUAACUUACUAUGUCCAGACAUUGUGUCCAGGUUACUUCUGUGUAUUUUUUUAAAGUUACACAAUGCUUGGGGACAGCUAUUUUUAUCUUUUACACUAUAAAGGUUGUGACCCAGAAGUUAAAUACCCUACCCAAACUUUUACAGCUAUUCAGUUGAGAUCUACUUCACAUCAAAUUCCAUGUGUUUUACAUAAUGGUGCUUCAAUCAGUAAUCAUGAUUUAUUUCCUUUGUAGGCAAAACCCGGAGACUACAUUUGAAGUGUAUGUGGAAGUGGCCUAUCCUAGGACAGGUGGCACGCUUUCAGAUCCUGAGGUGCAGAGGCAAUUCCCGGAGGACUACAGUGACCAGGAAGUUCUACAGACUUUGACCAAGUUUUGUUUUCCCUUCUAUGUGGACAGCCUCUCAGUUAGCCAAGUUGGCCAGAACUUCACAUUUGUGCUCACUGACAUUGACAGCAAACAGAGAUUCGGGUUCUGCCGCUUAUCUUCAGGAGCCAAGAGCUGCUUCUGUAUCUUAAGCUACCUCCCCUGGUUCGAGGUAUUUUAUAAGCUCCUUAACAUCUUGGCAGAUUACACAACAAAACAACAGGAAAGUCAGUGGAAUGAACUUCUUGAAACUCUGCACAGACUUCCCAUUCCAGACCCCGGAGUGUCUGUUCACCUCAGCGUGCAUUCUUACUUCACUGUGCCUGAUAGCAGAGAGCUUCCCAGCAUACCUGAGAAUAGAAAUCUGACAGAAUAUUUUGUGGCUGUGGAUGUGAACAACAUGUUGCAUCUGUACGCCAGCAUGCUGUAUGAGCGCCGGAUCCUCAUCAUCUGCAGCAAGCUGAGUACCUUGACGGCCUGCAUCCACGGCUCCGCUGCCAUGCUCUACCCCAUGUACUGGCAGCAUGUGUACAUCCCUGUGCUGCCCCCACAUCUGCUGGACUACUGCUGUGCUCCCAUGCCCUACCUCAUAGGAAUCCAUUUAAGUUUAAUGGAGAAGGUCAGAAACAUGGCCCUAGAUGAUGUUGUGAUCUUGAAUGUGGACACCAACACCCUGGAAACCCCUUUUGAUGACCUUCAGAGCCUCCCAAAUGAUGUGAUCUCCUCCCUGAAGAACAGGCUGAAGAAGGUCUCCACAACCACAGGCGAUGGGGUGGCCAGAGCCUUCCUCAAGGCCCAGGCUGCUUUCUUUGGCAGCUACCGGAAUGCACUGAAAAUUGAGCCAGAAGAACCCAUCACUUUCAGUGAGGAGGCCUUCGUGUCCCACUACCGCUCUGGAGCCAUGAGACAGUUCCUACAGAAUGCCACACAGUUGCAGCUCUUCAAGCAGUUUAUCGAUGGCCGACUAGACCUUCUCAAUUCCGGUGAAGGUUUCAGUGAUGUCUUUGAGGAGGAGAUCAGCAUGGGAGAAUAUGCCGGCAGUGAUAAACUGUACCAUCAGUGGCUGUCCACAGUCCGGAAAGGAAGUGGAGCGAUUCUGAAUACUGUAAAAACAAAAGCUAACCCAGCCAUGAAGACUGUCUACAAGUUUGCAAAAGAUCAUGCAAAAAUGGGAAUAAAAGAGGUGAAAAACCGCUUGAAGCAAAAGGACAUCACCGAGAAUGGCUGUGCGUCCUCUGCAGAAGACCCACUGCCAAAGACCAUACCAUCCCCACUGGCCGAGGCCAAGGACCCCAAACUUCGAGAAGACCGGAGACCAAUCACAGUCCACUUUGGGCAGGUACGACCGCCUCGUCCGCAUGUCAUCAAGAGACCCAAGAGCAACAUGGCUGUGGAAGGCCGGAGGACGUCCAUCUCAAGCCCCGAGCAGCCACAGCCAUACAGGACUUUGAAAGAAUCAGACAGCGCGGAAGGUGAUGAGACCGAGAGUCCAGAGCAGCCAACUCGGGAGCCCUGGGGGCCUACCCCUGCUCCACCUGACCGAGCUGCCAGCAUUGACCUUCUAGAAGAUGUCUUCAGCAGCCUAGAUGUGGAGGCACCACUGCAGCCGCUGGGCCAAGCCAAGAGCCUGGAGGAUCUCCGGGUCCCCAGAGACCUGCGGGAACAGUCAGGCAGCUUUGAUUACCAGAGGCUGGACCUAUGCAGAAGUGAGAGGGGCCUUAGCAUGGCUGCAGCCUUGAAGUUUGCUCAUCCAUAUACUCAGCUCUGGAGUCUCGGACAAGACGACAUGGCCAUCCCCAGCAAGCCCUCCAUGACCUCCCCUGAGAAGCCCUCAGCUCUGCUUGGUACUUUGCCAGCACUGCCUGUCAGACCCCAGAACCAGGAGGGCAUCCUGAGCCCCAGCAUCAAGGAGGAGACUCCCGUGCCAGCUCCAGGCAGCAUCACCAUUCCCAGGCCACAAGGCAGAAAGACCCCUGAGCUUGGCAUUGUGCCUCCACCACCCACUGCCCGGCCAGCCAAGCUCCAGGGUGCUGGUGGCCCACUAGGUGACUUCUCUUCAGAGCCACCACAGAUGGACCUGGAAGGACAAGCUGCUCUGAGUCCAGCCCUCUUGUCAGGGCUGCUCCCGAGAGCUGGCCCCCAAGGCCCCACAGAACUUGUGCAGUCACCCAGCCCAGCCCCAGGAGCUGCAGGCACAGGCAGCGAUGCCCUGCUUGCUCUCCUGGACCCACUUAACACAGCCUGGACAGGCAGCACCAUCCCAUCCUAUCCUACUACCCCCAGUGUAGCCACCCCAUUCACCCCCCAGCUCAGCUUCCCCUCAACAGUGACGCCCUCCCCUUUUGCACAGACACCACUCAAUCCCUUUGUCCCCUCUGUGCCAGUAGUACCACCCACCAUGUCCCUAGGCUCUACACCAGCCAGACCUUUUGGGACGCCUCCAGCAUCCCUAGGGCCAGCAUAUGCACCUAGCAUUCUAUUGUCUGGUUCUAGCUUCUAUGCCCCUCACAGGUCUCAGCCCAACCUCUCUGCUCUCUCUAUGCCCAACCUCUUUGGCCAGAUCCCAAUGGGUGCCCACACUAGUCCCCUGCAGCCACUUGGCCCCCCAGCCGUUGCCCCCUCCAGGAUCCGAACAUUGCCUCUGCCCCGCUCGAGUGCCAGGGCUGCUGAGGCCAAGCAGGGGUUGGCCCUGAGGCCAGGUGAAUCCCCACUGCUGCCUCCUAGACCACCACAGAAUCUACAGCCAACCCUGCAGCCCUCUGCUCCUACACAGGCCAGAGACCCCUUUGAGGAUUUGCUACAGAAAACCAAGCAAGAUGUGAGCCCAAGCCCAGCCCCAGCCCCAGCCCCAGCCUCAGCCUCCACCUCUGUGGAGCAGCUCCGCAGGCAGUGGGAGACCUUUGAGUGACCAUGCCUAUGCCACUGUCCAGUACCGUGCCUCCCCAGUGUCCCGUUCGUGACCAGGCUUCACUGGGGCAAAGGGACUCUCUGCCCCUCUCCUCCAUAGCCCAUCUCUGAGGCCUGGCCCUGGGAGCUCAUCCCAGAGGAGAGAGCUGCCUGCCACCACCCUCAGCACCUGUGUGGGUUUUGCACUAUAUGUCAGCUGGGCCAGCUGUGUCCCACCACCUUCCCUCCCAUAGUCCAAGAGGAGUCAAGAAGCUCGAGGCUGCUCUCAAGCCCAGCUCUCCUCCUUUGCUGGGCCCUACCCCACAGGGCAGAUGUCAGUAACGCACUGUGUAAGCACAUCUUUGGGGGACAUAGGUGUUUGGGGGGCUGAAAUGAGGACCACUCCUGGGCUGGCAUUUCUCCCUGGUGGUCAUCUCCAAACCUCACUAAGCAAUACACUCUUUGCUGAGUCUUCACCUAACCACCAAACUCGAGUUGUUCCUAAAGGGCCAGCGGUCUGGAGACCUAAUGGUCAACAAGCCCAGCCCCAGCCAGCCCUUCCAGGGCUCGGGAACACCAGCAACUCUAAUUUAUAUGACGACCCCCAAACCUAAGUCGAAGGAGCUGCCUUCAGCUCUGCCACCUCCAUACCUCUGGGCUUUCCUGUCAAUCAAAGCUCAGGCUCAGCCUCCUGCCCCUGGAGCUUAUGGGCACCAGUGACGGAGUCCAGCUCAAAGGACAAGCUUCCUGCCACCGGCAAAAGGGAGGACAGCUGCUUGAGCUCCUGGGUCAAGAUCAGGUGGGGCCCCAGGCCCCCAGGGGCCCCGUGGAGUGAAUAUACAUGUGGCCUCUGAGCCUGGGGUGGGUGGGGCCCGGCCCUCCCCGCUGUCUCCAGCCUCUCGCCAGCGCAGAAAUUCCUGAGUCCAAGUCACCAAAGUUAUAAUGAAAUGUUUGUUAUUGUUUCUUUGAUCUUGCUUUUCCUUUUUACCUUAUUGAUUUGAUGAAUCUUGAAAAUUGAUUCCUUUCAAUAAACCAAGGUAAAACACAGA